UCGCCCUUUCCCCCUUUUUGGAAAGCGGGACAAUUUACAAUCUUAUGUCCACUUGAACGGGAUUCUGGAGUCGCAAUGAUUGGACUUCUGUUUCUGCUUCUGAGCGGAAUUGAUCCCACAGUGGGAGUGACUCACUCUCUGAAGUAUUUCUUAACUGGAUCAUCUGGAAUCACAAACUUCCCAGAGUUUGUGGCUGUUGGAUUAGUAGAUGAUGUUCAGAUGGUUCACUAUGACGGCAACACCAGGAAGGCAGAACCUAAACAGGACUGGAUGAGCAGGAUAGAUGAUCCACAGUGGCAAAGGGAAACUGUGGGCUUUGAAGAUACCCAGAAGAAAUUCAAGGACAGUCUUGAAUCUUUGCAGCAGCGCUUCAACCAAACUGGAGGUGUUCACAUUCUCCAGAACAUGUAUGGAUGUGAGUGGGACGAUGAAACUGGAGACGUUAAAGGUUAUUAUCAGUUUGGUUAUGAUGGAGAAGACUUUAUAGCUCUGGACCCCGAGAAGAUGGACUCAUGGAUCGCUGCAAACCAAGAGGCUUUUAAAACCAAAAUGAAGUGGGAUCAUGACAGAGAUUCUACGCUAUAUAAGAAGAAAUACUUGACCCAAAUUUGUCCUGAGUGGGUGAAGAAGUAUGUGAACUAUGGGAGGAGCUCUCUGAUGAGAACAGAGCAUCCUUCAGUGUCUCUCCUCCAGAAAACAUCCUCCUCUCCAGUCAGCUGCCACGCUACAGGUUUCUACCCCAACAGAACCAAGAUGUUCUGGAGGAAGGAUGGAGAGGAGAUCCAUGAAGGUGUGGACAAAGGAGAGAUCCUCCCCAACAACGACGGGACCUUCCAGAUGACUGUUGACCUCAGACUUCCAUCAAACUCAUCCGAGGACUGGACGAAGUACGAAUGUCUGUUUCAGCUGUCUGGAGACAACGACGACAUCGCCAAACUGGACCCAGGACUGAUCCGGUCCAAUGAACAAAAGAACUAUGAACCGAAACCAAACAACAUGAAUCUUCCCUUCGUUGUUACUCUGGUUCUGGUUGUUCUCGCUGCCGUCAUUGUCAUUGUGGUUGUCGGACUCAGAGUCACUCUUUACAAAAAGAAAGUUCUUCCUUGUAAAAAUGACAAACGUUCCUUAUCUAUUGACAGUCAAGACAGCAACAAGAAGAUGCUUCCAAAUGACGAACAAAAACCUGAGACAGUUCACCUUUGUUUUGAAGAAGAAACUGCAUCAGUAUGUUCUCCUCUGAAAAUGUAAUGAAUUAGUUAGCUGUUCAUUUCUAUUCUUAA